AUGGCCUUCAUACAGAGGUUCUCAAUGGACAACCUAAAUUUCCUCAGUCGUAUGCCUUCUGGCCCUGAGUCCCGCUGCCUCACAGGCCCGCCUUCAGAGCUAUCCUCACAAGAGUCCUCGCAGAAAACACCUUCCCCUCCGACAGAAACCCCUCCAUUCAACAUCAGCCCUUCACAAGACCUGCAUUACUUAGAGACACCACUAUCUAAACCGGAGCUCGGUACUCUUUCUGCGAUACUUUCGUUUGCAGUCUCUAAAUAUGGAGAUGAGCGUUGUUUUGCUUCCAGAAACGUUGCCAGCCGGGCGACUGGCGGGGCACAGUCACGAGUAAGAGGAAAAGAUGCAGGUGGGCCUCCGAUUGAGGACAGCGCCCAGACAAGGGGGCUUGUAACUGUGGGGGAAUGGGAAUACUUAACAUACAAUCAGGUCGGCAAGAUAGUUUCAACUUUAUCGGCCGGUUUGAAGCAGGUUGUGAAAGGCAGAUUGCAUAUGUUUGGCAGAAAUAGCGCAAAUUGGUUUAUGCUCAGUCAUGCGGCGUCAAUGUCUAAUAUUCCCUUAGUGACACUAUAUCCAAAUUCUGACAAAUGGAUUAUCGUUGAGAUCUUGCUUCAAACACACGGAAGAGUGGUGUUCGUGGAUAGCGACCUUCUGGGCGUUCUAUCAGAGAUAUUGUUUGAGUGUCCGAAUGUGUCCACAGUCAUCUACGACCAAGUCACUACCUCCGUAGAAGACAUCAAUAACACGGAGGCUUGCAUUGCAGGCCUGAAAACCACCUUCGGAGUACACUUUGAGAUAAUAAGCCUAGAGCAGUUACAUGACCUGGGUAAUGAUAUACUACUAGGUAAAUCAGAAUCCACGACCAACAGCAAAUCAAGGGAGUCUGAGUAUGAGGCACAAAAGCAAUCAGAUGAAGAGAGAAUAUGGGGAACUGUGUACCCUCUAUCAAAUGGAAAGCAGAAUCCCCUAGGUGUUCUGGUCACUGUAGGAAACAUGGUUGCCAGUAUCGCAAACAUUCAUCAAAUACUCAAAACCUCGACAAAUAGAUCGGAUACCUAUCUUUCAUAUCUUCCACUAGCAUUUAUGCUUGAAUAUAACCUUGUUAACGCUUUUUUACUACUUGGCGUGACAAUUGGGUUCGGAACUAAUGGCAUUCUCUAUCUCCUACCUCCCCCGUACAGCGAUCUUGCAAUGGGAUGUAGUGGCGAUAUUGAAUCAUUUGAGCCCUCUAUUCUCUUCGGGGUUCCUGCCUGGUGGGAUACGAUACAUGGCCAUGUCCUAGAAAAGAUCAAAGGAUAUAGCAGUGAUUGGCAAGAGCGUUUCUGGAAAUCAGCUGAGCAGAAGGCCGAGCAUAUUACAGACCCCAUAGGGGUUUUAUCUAAAAUGACAAUCUGCGCGUUAGAAAGAAGCAUUUAUCUCAAACCUAUCCGCGAGAAGCUUUUUGGUACCCGCAUGAAAUGGCUUGGUAUCAGCUGUUCAAUGCAUGCUCGGGAGAAGAGAGAAUUCCUCGGGGCAGUCCUGUCUUCAAGUGGCAGGAUGGUAGAAGUAUUCUCAUUUAUGGCAAUGAGCACCAUGAUCACAUUUAUGCCACCAUCCCGGUACAAUAACAAGAACACUGGCAUGAUUCUACCAUCGCUGCAGAUAAAACUUGUAUCUGUAGCACCCGGCUACUUUGCUCAUUCAAGUCCACCAUGCGGUGAGAUUUUCAUUCGUGGACCUUCUGUACCACAUAUGGGUUACUUUAAAAAUCCUGAAGCUUCUGUCGCCGCCUUCCUGGAUGAGGGUUGGGUAAAAACCGGCAUUGUAGCUGAAUGGGAUCCGCACAAAAGAUGCCCAGGCCCAACAAUAAUCGGUAAUGUGAACUCUUUGGAAAGGAGAUAUAUUGGGGAUUAUGUUCCCAUUGAAUCCUUGGAGGCUGCGUACAGGAAAUGUCGUUUAGUUCAAGAUUGUUGUAUCAUCUAUUCUGGUAGAAAAACAAAACCACUUGGUGUAAUCGCGGUCAAUGAGACUCAUUUCAGAAGCUUCUGUGAUUAUCAUCUACCAAAUCAGACCCCUGGAAUGCAGACAGAUGAAAUUCUGCUUUCUCGGCCGGUGAACACGCUGGUACUUAAUCAGUUAAAUGUCGAUGCCAGGUCCCACGGAGUUAUGGAUUUCGAAUUAAUCGGGGGGGUAAUUUUGGUGAAGGAUGAACUUCCGAAGGUUUCCCAGUCACAGAAAGUAAAGGACGAGAACAAAAACAUGCAUCACGGGCUACUCAUUGAUCGUAAGCAGGUGCGGAAGAUUUAUGCGGCGGAAAUAGAGCACGAGUUUUCCUAG